AUGGAGUCACUGCAUGUUCUAGGCCUAGUCCUUCUGUUAUUUGUAGUUCUUCCAGACUUGGAUGUUAUAAAGGCAGUCAUGCUUACAAAUUGUGUUUGCUUUAUGCCUGCCGUUUUCAGUCUCCUGUCUCGUUAUAAAGGGGAAGACAGACGUUCAGUAAAAGUCAUUUUGGAUAUUAUCUCUAUUAUUGCACAAGCUACAGGUUUUGUAGUCUGGCCAAUUGUUGAGCUCCAUAAACGUUCCUGGGCUAUUCCCGUAGCAGUGUUUCUGUUAUCACUUGGAUGGUGGGAAAACUACAUUGAUAAAAGAUCGCCUAUUAAGAUUAUCAAGAAACUUUCCAAAGUAAAAGACGACUUACGCAGAAGCCGAUAUUUCACGUACUUGUUUAUUUCGAUAUGGAAAAUUAUUAUAAUUUUUUGCAGCAUGUUAGCGUUAUUGUCCCUAACAAUGGAGCAUACAGCUCAAGUCUUCCGACUGUUCAAGCAGAGCUUCCAAAGUCACAUGAUUACGGUUCACCAAAUAAGGAAGUCAGUUCUCGAUUCGAACUUUCCUGAUCUUCCCACAGCUAGCCCUCUAGAUGAAGAAAUUGUCAUUGAUUCUUUCGAGAUGACUCCUAUUUACGUUGCUCUAAUACAAGUCAGUGCUUCGUUACUCUGUUAUGUUUUUGGAAAGUUUGCUUGCAAAAUAUGCAUCCAAGGGUUUAGCUUCGCGUUUCCCAUCAGUCUCACUGUCCCAGUAACCAUGUCCUUGUUAAUCGGCGCCUGUGGUAUUCGAACAGAAAAUGAAUGCUUUUAUGAAAACAUCCUCCCUAAGUACCUUUUCUGGACUUGCCCAGAAGGAGAAUUUUUUCAGGAUUUCGUCUCUAAACAGUUUGCAUGGAUUUGGCUGGUAUGGUUACUUUCACAAACCUGGAUUGCUAUUCAUAUCUGGACACCGAAGUGUGAAAGAUUGGCUUCAACUGAAAAACUUUUCGUGAACCCAAUGUACAUCGGUGUCUUAGUGGACCAAUCCAUUGCAUUAAACAGAAGACGAGAUGACAUAGCCGAGGUUAAAAGUUCGGAGAUCGACCUGGAAGUGACCGAAUAUAAUGACAACUCUCAAUACUACGAAACCAUCUCUGUAAAAACUAACGACACUUCGAGUAGCCAUAACGGCCGUAGCGUCCGAAACAUCGAUCAUAUUACUCGAAUGUACGCAUGCGCAACGAUGUGGCACGAAACGCCUGACGAAAUGAUUCAAAUGUUGAAUUCGGUGAUGAGGAUGGAUGAAGACCAGAGUGCUCGAAGAAAUGCCCAAAAAUACUUAAACAUUGUUGACCCCGAUUACUACGAAUUCGAAGUUCACGCUUACUUUGAUGAUGCCUUUGAGUUGAGCGACGACAAUGAUGAAGAAAUGGUUGUAAACCGUUUCGUGAAACAAAUGAUAAGGGUUAUCGACGUUGCUGCAAGCAACGUCCAUCAGACAAACAUUCGGUUGAAGCCUCCAAAGAAAUACCCAACUCCCUAUGGAGGACGACUUGUUUGGAGUAUGCCAGGGAAGAACAAACUCAUUGCUCAUCUGAAAGACAAAAUUAAGAUCAGGCACCGAAAAAGAUGGAGCCAAGUGAUGUACAUGUAUUACUUACUGGGACACAGACUGAUGGAGCUCCCUAUAGACGUGAGCAGAAAGGAAGUAAUUGCAGAAAACACCUAUAUAUUAACACUAGAUGGCGAUAUCAACUUUAGGCCACCUGCGGUACAGCUUCUAGUAGAUCUGAUGAAGAAAAAUCGAAACUUAGGAGCAGCAUGUGGUCGUAUCCAUCCUGUAGGAACAGGUCCCAUGGUGUGGUAUCAGAAGUUCGAGUAUGCUAUUGGUCAUUGGCUGCAAAAGGCAACUGAACACAUGAUUGGCUGUGUGUUGUGUAGUCCCGGAUGCUUUUCACUUUUCCGAGCGAAAGCUCUUAUGGAUGACAACGUAAUGAGGAAAUACACUACAAAAUCUGAAGACCCUUUACACUACGUACAGUACGAUCAAGGAGAGGACCGUUGGCUCUGUACUUUGAUGCUUCAACGAGGAUACAGAGUCGAAUACAGCGCCGCUUCGGAUGCCUAUACACAUUGUCCUGAAGGUUUUGGAGAGUUCUACACCCAGCGUCGUCGAUGGGCGCCCUCUACCAUGGCAAAUAUCAUGGAUUUGUUGGGUGACUACAAACGAACUGUUGAAAUUAACGAUAACAUCUCUGUUCCUUACAUUAUAUAUCAGGCUAUGUUGAUGGUUGGAACUGUCCUGGGUCCUGGUACAAUUUUCCUUAUGUUGGUAGGAGCCAUGGUUGCUGCUUUCAAGAUUUCUAACUGGACAUCAUUCGGUGCUAAUAUAAUCCCUAUCCUGUUUUUCAUUUUCAUCUGCUUCGUAGCAAACAACAACAUUCAGAUUCUUAUAGCUCAGAUUUUCAGCUCUGCAUACGCCUUGCUUAUGAUGGCUGUACUAGUUGGUACAUCCAUUCAACUUUCAGAAGACGGAAUUGGUUCUCCUUCUUCGAUUUUCUUGAUUGGAUUAUCUAGCAGUUUUUUCAUAGCCGCAGUCAUUCACCCUCAAGAGUUUUGGUGCGUAGUUCCCGGUUUUCUCUACUUUAUUAGUGUGCCGUCCAUGUACCUAUUGUUGAUUCUGUACUCCUUGGCGAAUUUAAAUGUCGUUUCUUGGGGCACUCGUGAAGUUCAAACAAAAAAAUCUAAGAAACAGAUAGAACAAGAAAAAAAGGAACUAGAAGAAAUGCAAAAGACACAAAAGCAGAAGAAGAACACGAACGACUUGUUUGGUUUUCUCGGUUUGAGUGGAGGUGAUGAUGAAGAAGAAGGAAGUAUAACCUUUAGCUUGGCUAAUCUUUUCACUUGCAUGUUGUGUACCUAUCCGAAGGCCAAUGAAGAGAAAGUUCAACUUUUAAGGAUAAGUGAUCAACUCGAUUCCUUAAAUAAGAAGAUUGGCGAAUUGGAGAAACAUCUGGAUGUUGGCCAAAGUUUGUUGCAUGGUGGUGGAGUCAAACGUCGAUCCUCUAUGGGACGUCGUUCGGAACGAGGGUCUGAACGUAUUUCUACAGUUACAGAAGAAGCAGAAGCAGAGGAGGACUUUGAAAGCAAUUCAGAAGAUGCUGAUAGUGAAGGACUAGAACCUAAAGUGGAACGAGACGAUUUGGUAAAUCCGUACUGGAUUGAAGACAAGGAUCUGAAACGAGGGGAAGUAGAGUAUCUGAAUGGAGCUGAAAUCCAGUUCUGGAAAGAAAUGAUUGAGAAGUAUCUUUACCCACUCGACCAGAAUAAGGAACAUGAAGCACGAGUAGCAUCAGAGUUGAAAGAACUGCGAAAUAAAGUAAUUUUUGGCUUCCUCAUGUCGAACGCCCUCUUUAUCCUAAUCGUUUUCCUUCUUCAGCUACAUAAGGAUCAACUACAUAUCAACUGGCCGUUAGGGGUUAAAACAAACAUCACAUAUAUCCCUGAAACCAGUGAGGUUCGAAUCGACAAAGAAUACUUGCAGUUAGAACCAAUUGGAUUGGUGUUUGCUUCAUUCUUCGCAAUUAUUUUGAUUAUUCAAUUCUUAGGAAUGCUAUUUCAUCGCUUUGGUACCUUGUCACAUAUUUUGGCUUCAAUCGAGCUUACCUGUUGUAGGCAGAAGGUAGAUGACAUGACAGAUGAUGCCUUUGUCGAUAAAAAUGCAGUUCAAAUAGCUCGACAGCUUCAAAAAUUGAGAGGAUUAGAGGAUGACGAGAAGGAUGAUGAUGAUUACGAAACUGGAGAUCGACUAGCCAGACGAAAGACUAUUCAAAAUUUGGAGAAGAGACGACAUCAGAAAGCAAGAGUUGGAACACUUGAUGUGGCGUUUAAAAAACGUUUUAUGAGUAUUGCUCCUGGUAAUGAAGCUGUUACGCCAGUAUUAAGUGGACUCCACCGAAGCAAAGACACUAUGAGGGUUUUGGUUGAUCGCCGGAUUUCAAUGAUAAAAAAACACAAUCAGAUGGAAACUUUGGGUGCCCGGAACCAGUUCUCAAAUCCAACAAACCGGCAACGAGGUCGUUUGGACAGAUUAGUAUCAAGUUCUAAUGGAAGUGUUAAAGGUUAUAACAAUUCGGCCGUAGAAGCCUGUUCUGAUGAGGAGACUGGUCGAAAUCAGAGAAUGCAGAUUUACAACACGGGGUCUAGGAGUAGUGUUGUCACGUAUCGUGAAGAAACUGAAGCCCCAAGAAAACGUCACAAGUAAAAUAAACUUCAAUCCCGAGAAUGAAGUCACAGAAUUAUCUGUUAAGCUUUGAAAUCUGUUUUUAUGAAGGUUACUCAUUUAUAACUAAAUACGCCUUUCUUUUUUUAAUGUGAGGGUUAUAAUUAUUUCAAAACACACCACUCUUAGAAAUGUGUACAUCCGAUGUUGGAUGUUAAUUUUUUAAGUCUUUUUUGUGUUAUUCGUUUUAAUUUAGGUGAGCUUACUUAGACACAG